GGUAUACAGAAUGUAUCCAAAUGUGUUUUUAAAGUUAUGCCAUAUUAUAAGAGAGAAAACAUUUCUAAAGGAUACAAGAUAUAUUACUGUUGAAGAAAUGGUUGCAACAUUUUUACUAACGGUUGGCCAGGACUCUAGAUAUUGUCAUACCCGUGAAACAUUUUAUCGGUCACACUUUGCUACAAGUAAGAAUUUUAACAAAGUUUUAAAGGCUCUUAACACAAUAGCACCUGAGAUCAUGGUCAAACCUAGCUUCACAGUUCCUACACGAAUAAGAGAAAGUACAAGGUUUUACCCUUACUUUAAGGAUUGUGUUGGAGCUAUUGAUGGCACACAAAUUCCAGCAAUGGUAACUGGGCGUGAUGUAAGCAGUUAUCGUAAUCGUCAUAGAAUAAUUUCACAAAAUAUAUUGGCUGCUUGUAACUUUGACUUAGAAUUCAUAUAUGUUCUUAGUAGGUUGGAGGGUUCAGCACAUGAUUCAAAAUUGCUAAGUGAUAGUUUAUCAAGGAGGAAUGGUCUUAAAAUGCCACAAGGUAAAUACUUUUUAGUGGAUUGUGGAUUUCCAAAUCGACAACAGUUUUUAGCUCCAUAUCAAGGUGCACGUUAUCAUCUUCAAGAUUUUGUCGGGCAAGGUCGUGACCCUGAAAAUGAUGUUGAGUUAUUCAAUCUACAACAUGCUUCUUUGAGGAAUGUAAUUGAGAGGAUAUUUGGUAUAUUCAAAUCGAGAUUUACGAUCUUAAAGUCAGCACCCCCGUUCCCUUAUAAGACUCUAGCAGAACUUGUACUGGCUUGUGCAGGACUUCAUAAUUUUCUUUGCAAGGAGUGUCGUAGCGAUGAGUUUCCAAUUGAGCUAGAUAGUGAUGAAUCUCCUUCACCUUUACCAAUGAAUGAUGUAGAUAGUUUUGAACAACUGCUUGAAACUCAAGAGCAACAACGAGCAUGCAAAUGAAUGGAUGGCUAAAAUAGCUUUGGAUAUGUGGAGAGACACCCAACAAGGCGAAACCAAUGCCAAUCAAAGAUAUUGUACUAACAAGAUGAAUAUUUUAAUUCGUACUUUUUUUUUUGAAGGAAUAUUUGUACUUUUUCAUUCUAAACAUUUUGAUAAUUAUA